CGAGAAAACUCCGUCAAUCCACUUUGUCCCGUUCAGAGGCACUCUCACCGGGAUGCGCUUCGACACCAAAAACUUUCUCGCGCUACACCCUCCAACAUACGAUACAGCAGCAUCAUGAACUAACCCUCCGGUUCGUCUACGACCUUCCUCAGGUCUUCCUCGCAAACCUGACUUUCAGGCAUAACGAGCCUACUGUACGCACUGUUGACGCCAAAGCCCGCCGAAGGCCUCGAGGAGGGUCAAGCGGGGCGUCGAAAAAAUCAUCUUUAUGGUGUACUGCGGGAGGUCACCCGUUAUCCGAUUGUCGAUCUGGACAUGUGCAUUGCAAUCCCCGCGGGGAAAAAGCGAUGACACACACCGUGUCACCAUUCCUCCAUUUAUGCUGAGCGCCAGGUCUAAGACAAGCACAGUCUCAGACCAAUCUUGAGAACCUUACAGUACAACCUUUAUAACCAAACAGGGCUCAGCGAGCACCACAGAGAAACCGAUGCUCGGCGCCCAACCUGAUAGAGGAACUCGCGGGAGAGGCCGCGGAGGAGGUCGGAGUCGGGGUCGGGGUCGUGAGAACAACACCUCGACCGGGGGUGAAGCCGGCCGAGAACUGGUGAAACCUCCUACUGCAGAUGUGAGAUUGCCGACAACGACCAACCCGCCCGGCAAGGGCGACCCUGCAACAAAGCAGCUUUCCAACCGACCGGAUCUGACCCGUGAAGCAAAGUCGAUAUAUGGGCUAAUUAGGAAUGGAAAGUUCCGGCAUCAACACGACGCUCGAAAAUUCGCCGCGGCAGGGAUCACCUCGGUGCCGGAAGAUCUUCUAAUGGCCAUCGGAGAGCCGAAAGGGCUUGAGCUGCUUAGAGAAUUCGAGAAUCACGACAUGUCCGUUGAUGUCGGGUCGCAAAAGAUGCCCUACUCGUUCCAACGCGUCAUUAUCCCUUGUCUCGCCAUGCUUCUGAACCUCCCUGACCUCUAUCUUGCCAAGCUUCGAGCGGUAUAUAACGUCUUCUUCAUGAACAACAUCUUUCUUGAAAACGUUUUGAAAUGUGCGAGGACGCUGAUGGAGCGAAGGAGCCUCGUUGACCCGCGUUUUGUCGAGAGCGCCGAGGACGGGGAUAUCGUUAGCACUUUUAUCUUGAAGAAUUGGGUCCAUAUGAUGCUGCUCAUCACCAAGUUCUUGAGUAAAUAUCUGAAGCUGGAUACCGACGCUGCAGCUGAAGAUAGAUUCAAGACAUGGCUUCCGGAAGUUAAGAGUAUCGUUGAAGGCUGGGAUAAUGUCCUCCCUAUGAGCGUGCAAGAUCCAGGCCGAAAGGAGCUGACAAACUUUAUUGAGCACAUCGAAGCGAUGAUCCUUCCAGAAGCAAAGCUCGACGCUAAGACCACGAAUCUUCGGCAGCUUUUCGGACGACUGUCGCUCAAGUCGGCAGCCACCCAGGCUGGACCAGGCGAGCUCCGGCCGGAAGGCCCGCGUCAUGACAAUGAUUUCAAAGAUUUCCGCCAAAUCUCCAUCGUUCCGACCUUCCAGGAGACGUUCUGUGACCUGGAGCCAUACCUUCCUAAACGCGACGACGACCAUCACCUUUCGCGAGGUGUGGACCGGUAUCUUGAUUCACAGUUCCGCUUGGUACGCGAGGAUCUUUUGGCUUCCCUACGCCGUGGAAUUUCUGGCUUUGUGCGCAACGGCACCAAGGCGCUCCGAAAAUUGGGCCAAAACGGCACUUUUUAUCGCAUGGAAGGAGACAACUCCAUCGAUCUUGUCGUGUUUCGGAAGAUGCAUAUCGAGUCCCUCAACGCCACGUUACGUUCAGGCAUUGCUUUGGGGGUUUCUUUCGAUGAGCCAGCCAGGGCAUCAUCCGAGUCCGACUUCUGGGGUAAAGGAACUGGCGGUAAACACUUGCAGAAAGGCUCCAUCGUAGUCCUUUGGUUCAACGCCAAGAAGGAUGUCGAGGACGACACGAAGAUCGAAGACCGCCAAAUAUACCUUGCAGUCACUGGCGGAACGGGCCUCAGACGACCGCAAGUUGGAGUUCAGCUCUUGAAGUUUCCUGAGCUUUUCAAGAUUACGUCGACUCAACUAGGCGUUCGAGCCGAUGAUGACGAAAAUCUUAUGUUCCAAGUGCGGAGCCAUUUCUUCACCGCCGGAUACAGCGUUCUGAAUUCACUUCAAUCGUUCCCAACUGAGGGCUUUCCCUUCGUCGACGAGCUGGUGUUUGAUGCGCCCUCCCAAGCUUUACCGAAAUACAUAGUCCCUGGGACGACGUACAACCUGACCUGUUUGCUCAAAACGCCAAAUCCCAAUUACGCCCGUCUGCAGAACGUUGAUGUGUCCGACUACAAGCUUCUGCGUCGAACGCUUCAGGAUGUGCGCGAAAUGUUGGUUCUAGAUGAGACGCAAAUCGAUGCCCUGGCUGCUGCGCUCACGCAUUCGAUUGCGGUAAUACAGGGGCCGCCUGGCUGCGGAAAGAUCUACAUAGGAGUUCACAUCAUGAGGGUGAUCUUGGAGAACAUGGGCAAAAUCUCGACCAACCGCGCAAACCUGGAACCUCGAGGAGUGGGCCAACGUCUGCAAGCGACGGUGGAACGCAUCGCCGGCGGCGUUAACCAGCUCUCUGCCACACUGCCUACCCUGUGCGUCUGCUGUACCAAUCAUGCGUUGGACCAGUUUCUUGAAGAUCUGGUAAAAGCGGGUGUGCCGGAAACCGAUAUCAUCCGCGUCGGCGGCCGAAGCCAGAGCGAAAUGCUUGCGGCACGGAACCUUUACAAUCUCAUGUACGGCGCAAAAACCCGCGACGAAGUCACAAAAUCCAAGGAGAUUGAGAGAGACCUGGUAGAGCUUGAGACGAAAAUUCGGGAAUUUAGCGAAUAUCAUUUGACCCCACAUAAAUGGAAGCUGGCGGACUUGCGGUCCGGUCUUUUCAAUGACCAUUUGGAUGCGGUUGCUGACGGGCGGUCUCUCUUUGAUGGCGAUGAUGGUUUUCAUGUUGUGUCUGGAGCCAGGAACAAGAGCCUGGACCUCCUGCAACGCUGGCUCCGUUGCGACGACAUACAGUACAGAUUGGGAAACGGGGAGGAGCCGAUUCCGCUGCAGGAUCAGGGUCCGCAUUACAGUAACAUGUACGAUGCUUUGGUGCAGGACGUGGAACGUGAUUUGGAUGAAUUGGAGUACCCUCUACAACAACAACAUCACGAGCACCCCGAUGUGGCGCAGAUGGGCCCUCCUGACCCCGAGCGCAACAGACCUCUGAGGGACUUAUUAGAUGAUUGCGAUGUGUGGAACUACUCGCGGAACGAACGCCAGACCAUGAUGAGCCACUGGCAACGGCAGUACCUCGAGCUGCUAAUGGAAGAUGUGGAAGCAAAGUGCAAGAAGUACGAGGAGAAGAAGACAGAGUACAAUGAUAUCAACGCCGCCACCCAGCUCCGGAUUCUUCGUGGAUGCAAAGUACUAGGGAUGACGACCACCGGCGCCGCGAGCAACAUGAAGCUUCUUCACAACUUGGCUCCUUCCAUCAUCGUUAACGAAGAAAGUGGUGAGGUUCUCGAGGCGCAUUUGAUCGCAUCUCUGAGCAGCGGAGCAGCGCGCCUCAUCACCAUCGGCGAUGAAAAACAAUUGCGUCCGAAAGUCGAAGAACAUUACCUGUCCAUGGACUCUCAUUCGGGGUACGAUCUUGAUCAGUCUUUAUUUGAGCGGCUGGUGCGGAUGGCGGAAGCGAACCUCGAUUGCGUGGACAAAGGGAUGGUCGUGCAGCUUGCCACGCAGUGGAGAAUGCGGCCUGAAAUUUCCACCCUACUCCGCCGCACCUUGUAUCCGAAGCUCACGGAUGCGCCGGCGGUCUUGUCGCACCCCAAAGUCAAGGGCAUGCGACAGAAUCUGUACUUCUUCGAUCACAACGAGCGGGAAGCGGGUGCUGGGGACGGAGAGUCUGCGUCAAGAUCCAAAGUGAACGAAUUUGAAGCUGGGCUGGUGGUCUCGCUCGUGCGCCAUUUGAUCAAACAGGGCUACAGCGCGAGUGAGAUUGCGGUCCUGACUCCGUAUGCGGGUCAGCUUCUGUGUCUGCGGAAGUAUUUGAAGAAGGAGCAGUUGGUUUUGUACAUCGACUCAAAAAACUUUGCGGAUAUCAGCAAGGCGCUUUCGGGUGAGGGCGUCAAUCCGGAAGAGCUGGACAUUGAGCUGGAGCUUGACGAUGAGCAGGAGGCGGAGGAAGGCGAAGAGGCGAAAGUAGUGGUCAUCAGCACCGUCCGCUGCAACGUUCAGGGCCGGACAGGUUUCCUGAAGAUAGACAACCGGGUCAACGUGAUGGUUUCCCGCGCUCAACACGGCGAAUAUAUCUUCGGCUCGGCCGCAACUAUUCGCCAAAGGGGCCAGGCAAAAAUGUUUAUCAAGAUGCUCGACAUCCUUGAGGAGCAGGGUUUAGUCGGUUCCGCCCUCCCGCUGCAGUGCGACCGUCAUCCGGACAUCGUAUUGAACGCCAUGACCGCCCAGGAUGUUCGUGAGCUCAGUCCGGAUGGGGGUUGUCAGUUGCCAUGUGAAUAUCCACUGUCCUGUGGGCAUAUUUGCCGCAGGCAAUGCCAUCCCGAUGAUAGAGAUCACGAUGGGUUCGCAUGUCGGGCUCCGUGCACGAAGAUGCUUAAGUGCCGGCACCCUUGCCGCAAACUUUGCUCCGAACCAUGCGGUCGCUGUCAAGAGCGGAUUGAUUUGACCAUCGAAGAAUGCGGACAUGUCGCCAGGAAUGAAUUUUGCUACAAGAAAGAAGAGAACGCUAGUAUCGUUUGUAAGGAACGAUUCGAGAUUGUACAUCCUGUUUGCAAGCACCUCAUCAAGGCCGCCUGCCAUGAGAAAAGACAAAUUGAAGCCGCUGGUACACCUCAAACUCUCCGUGACCUGCUGCUGAACUCUGAUCGCAGGCAUGCGCUGUUCAGCUGCAAGAAGCCUUGCGGUGCCAUCUUGGACUGUUCUCAUCCUUGCGAGAACCCUUGCGGAGACUGCAUAUACAAAUCCAAGAAUGAAGAGCAGCUAGGCCCCGACGUCGGCAUUCCUCUCCAUGCCCCAUGCGGCAAAAUCUGCGAUCGAGCUCUCUUGUGCGGACACUCCUGUGGCGGCAAGUGCCACAGCGCUAGCGAAUGUCCUCCGUGCAAAAAGGAAUGUGCGCAAGUGUGCCUGCAUGCAAAGUGUCCGAAGUCCUGCGGAAACUCAUGCGCAAGUUGUGCGGAGCAGUGCCCGUGGUUCUGCCCUCACGAUAUCGGCCCGUGCUUACUCCCGUGUGGCGCCCCAUGCCUGCGACUGCCUUGCGACCGGCGUUGCGAGAAAGCCUUGGCAUGCGGCCAUCAGUGUCCAUCCGUUUGUGGGGAACCGUGCCCGGAUCCACGCGUGGCCUGCCGGUAUUGCGCUGAAGAAAAGUACAAAGAUGGCGUUGUGGAUGUGUUCGUGCAAGCCACACUCGCGGAGAGUGACCCUGAUGAAAGCCCUCUCGUUGUCCUCCCGUGUCAGCACUCGAUGACUAUUGAGAGUAUGGACGGCAUCACUGACCUCAAGUCGUACUACCUGCGUGACGCCAGAACCGACAAAUGGAUCGAACCGCUUCCACUUGGCAAUAAAUGCGAGAAAAUGCCGGCCUGUCUCAACUGCCGCACGCCGAUCAGCGGCAUCCGACGCUACGCUCGGGUUCUGAACCAUGUGUUCUUGGAUCAGACCAUCAGAAAGUUUGGCUUGGAGAUCGCUCAGCAGGCUGUAGACGUUCAGCAACAUCGUCAGGAACUGGACUCAGCGCUGACGCAAUGGAGGGAGGAUGCUAUCGCGCUCCAGGCACAAAGGCCUGUCGUAAAUAAAAAUAUCCAGGAUGUGAUCAAGAAGCACAAACGGCAAGCGCUUGCGACGCGAAAAUUGAGAGACAGUCUUCUCAAGGUAGUGGAAGGUGCUAAACUCGACCAUCCCGCGCGCCGGACCUACGAAAGGUCUGUUGUCUUGCUGUCUCAGAUGGACAACAUUCCCGGUGUUCCUCCUCGUCGCCAGGGGCAGAGUGUGCAGGAGCAGAUACAAUUGCUGCAGAAACACCAUGCGCGACCUUCGGAGAAGGCGUUCAUUUCGGCUGGCACGUCCUUUAUCAAUUGUGCAGCAACCUUCGUCAAAGCGACUGCCAACAAGGCGUUGCAAGAGACACUGCCGAAACCCCGGGAAGGAAGCCCACCCACGGCGACUGAGAUUGUGCUUCUUCCGUACAUUCAAGACAUGAGGAAGAUCAUCCAACAGAACGUGGGGAUGCAUGCUCGGGUGCAAACCAGCUGCAAUGACACGCAGAGCUGGCGAAUGGCCGUCGACGCCGGAUGCGAGCACUUCAUGGCCAUCUUCAUGAGUCUCGACAUCAUGGUGGGAUCGCGAGGUUUACCUCUUGUCCCAACAUCCCACGAGCCCUUGGACACAUUGAUUGCUGAGACCCACGACAUCGUUCAAAACGCCGCUGCCGAAUAUUUGACCCUUCUUGGAAACCAUGCUUCGCUUGUCGCCGAUCCGGAAGGAAAGCGGGCCGGUGCCGUUCGCGAGACCCUGGAACGCGCCAAAGAACUCGUUACAGGAACGACGGUUCGGCCUGUCACAGUAGAGGAGAUGCGAGAGGUGUUUAAGGCCAUGAGGCGAGACGUGGGCAGCUUUGGAGGGCAUUGGUACACCUGUCCGAAUGGACACGUCUACACUAUCGGUGAGUGCGGAGGGGCAAUGGAAAGGUCGCAAUGCCCUGAAUGUGGAGAAACCGUCGGCGGCGGCAGUCACCAGCUGGCGGAGGGCAAUCGCGUGGCUGCCGAGUUUCUGGGAGCCGUCGGAGGGCCUAUGUAACCGGAAGAGGUGAGUGGCUGGAGCAAAAAUGAGAAGGCGUUUCACCCUGUAUAACGUUCCUCGCGUCAUGCAGUGUGAGGCAUUCUCGGUAUCAGAAGCGUUACCAGUUAGUUAUCAGAGGGGAAAAAGGAGUAGGGGGGGAUGCAUUAGGGAUUAGUGCACGCUAGCUCCGUAGCAGCCGCAUAGGGAGUUGUAUGUCUUCUUCGGCGUCGUCAAUCCGCUUGUCUAGAUUAUGUAGUCACGGCGUAGCAAAAAUCGAGGCGUAUGUUAAGGUGGAAAGCAUUGAUAUGCUGUGACUUCUCUGGCGGGAUAAGCUCCCGUGUGGGCGGCAGUGUCGCUUUUGGGCGGAGUUUUGCGAACAUACAGUCAGUGUCC